GCUUGUUUUCUAGAACAUGCGGCGCAAGAAGAAAACAAAGAAUUCUCCAAAAAAGUGUCAUGAACUUGCUUACUGGAUGUCUCACUUGCCAGAAUGUCUCUGGACUGUUCCUCUUUUCAACUUAUCACUUCCAGGGAGCCAUGAUGCUAUGACAUACAGCCUUGAUGAAACGUCAACAGUAAGCGUAAAUGAAUCCAAGCUGUUGGAACUUAUGGACAAACAUAUGCACUGGAUAAUACACCCUAUUGUUUUGAGGUGGUGCAUAACACAGGAGCUGACUGUGUUGGAGCAACUGGAUGCUGGAAUUAGGUACUUUGACUUUAGGAUUGCUCACAAGCCUGAUGAUCCUUCUACAACUUUACACUUUGUUCAUAUGCUAUAUACUACAGCUGUUGUAGAGGAUGUCCUGUGGGAUAUUUUACGGUGGUUGAAAGCCCAUCCCUGUGAGGUCGUCAUCCUAGCUUUCAGAAACUUCGAUGGUUUGGAAGAGGACCAUCAUCGUCAUUUGGUGUCUUGUAUAAAGAAGAUCUUCUGUUGCAGACUGUGUCCUAGAAAUGUGGUUCCAACCCUACAGCACAUGUGGGCCCAUGGCUAUCAGGUUAUUGCAUCAUAUGAAGACAUUCUGCAAGUGGCCCUGCAUAAUGACUUAUGGCCUGCAAUUCCCUACUGGUGGGGAAAUAAGACCAGUGCAAAAAAUCUUAUCCGUUAUUUGGAAUUGAAAAAAAGGGGCGGACGUUCAGGAGGAUUAUUUGUAGCAGGAAUCAACCUUACUGGAGAUUUGACAUACAUUCUGGGACAUCUACAUUAUUCUAUAAAGAAAAUGACCCUCCGUGCCCUUCCAUUUCUGAAUCGCUGGAUAAAGAAGCAGCGACCCGGAGCAGAGAAAGAUUGCAUUAAUAUAAUUGCUGGAGACUUCAUAGAAAGAAGUAAUUUUGUGAGGAAUGUGAUCAAUCUUAAUGAAAAACUUAUUCCACAGGAGCACUGCCCAAAUAUUCUGCCUUUGCUUGCUUUUGAAAAAAUUUGAAUACCAUGAGACUUUGGAGUAAGACAGUU